AAGAGCCACUGUCAACCAAUGCGAGAUUGAAAGCUGUGAGAGCCAGCACAUCAUUAUGUCCCCUUCAUGGCUGCCGUAACAUGUGUUGGCUGUAACAUGAAAGAUCAAGCAAGUGGUUUGGGUGUUCAUUUCUCAUCGAUGCAUCGCCUAUUCCCCUUCUUCCUCCCAGGUCACUGAUUUCAUCCAGCCAAAAUAUCUCGCUUAAUCGAGCAAGCCAAAGGUCUGCAGUCACCGGCAGCAGUGGGUUCCGGCAGAAGCAAUUCAGAGCAUCACUCCCCGAGAAGACUAUUCGGAGAGGGAUCAGUGAGAGAAAGGCUGAAGUCUCACAACUCCUCUUUCCUCUUCUUAUGUUACUUCUCGCUCUGGGGCGGCUGCAUGACAGAAUCCGCAAUGCGUAGGCUGCUCGGCGAGUUCCUGGGGACGCCACCGACCGCGGCCAACGGGACCAGGCAGCACGCCACCGGGAACAAUGGCGGCGGCGGCGGCGGCACCGCCAGCUUUGACACCAACAUGGUCUUCAUCCUCGCGGCGCUGCUGUGCGCCCUGGUGUUCGCGCUCGGGCUGAACUCCGUGGUGCGGUGCGUUCUUCGGUGCGGCCGGCGGGUGGUAUUCGAGAACCCCGAGGAGGUCUCUUCGAGGCUGGCGGCGACGGGGCUCAAGAAGCGGUCGCUCCGCCGCAUCCCGGUGGCCGUGUACGGCUCGGGGGCCGACUUCCCGGCCACCGAAUGCCCCAUAUGUCUCGGCGAGUUCGCCGACGGGGAGAAGGUCCGGGUGCUCCCCAGGUGCCACCACGGGUUCCAUGUCAGGUGCAUCGACAAGUGGUUGGCUUCGCACUCGUCGUGCCCGACUUGCCGGCAGUCGCUGCUCGAUCAUGGCGGAGGCGAUGGCGUCGGUGGACAUGUCAUGGAAUCGCCUCAUCCGUGAUCAUGCAGAUGAUGAUGAUGGUGAUCAUGAUGAUGACACGAACGCACCGCUUGAUGGCAGCACGUGUCGUGUCAUUUCCUGUCACCCUACUUGGUCCCCAUUUUGGCCGAAAAUGAACGUUAUGUCAUUUACAUAUCUAACAAUCAUCUUUUGCUACCAUUGCAUUGGCAAAUUCCUAAAAAAAAAAACCUUUAAAUAUACUUUUAUUAUCCUUUUUCUUAUUAUUUAAAAAAAUAAAAUUAUUUUUGGCUUUCA